UCAACAAAACAACAACAGAAGCAGCAACGUUAAAUCAGAAAAAAAAAUGAUGAGUAUACAACAACAAUCACGAACAAGUUUUAUGCAAAGUCCACUUGUAACUUGGCUCAAAACAUUAUUGGAAGAAAAUUGCAAUGAUUAUAAUGAUCUAUGUCAUGGUAUUUAUCUGAAUAAAGCAUGGCUUCAAAUCGAUGCAAAUCCAUUACACAUUAUAACCGAUUCAAUAUCAUCGACAACGACAACAACAUCGGCAACAAAUACCGAAAUUGCCAAUUCAUCUAUAAGGAUAAAAAAUUUAAAUAUUCUAUUGCAGAAUAUAAAAAAUUUCUAUCAAAAUGUUCUUGAUCAAUUAUUGGUACUUCGUUUGCCUGAUGUAACAAAAAUUGCCUUCCAAUGUAAUGAUGAAUUAUGGUUAUCGAUACCGCAGAAUAAUCCAUUAUAUAAUCUUAUGAAUCAUUAUUAUCAAUCAUCAUCAUCAUCAUCAUCGACAUCUACAUCAACAUCAUAUAGUAAUUAUGAUGAUUUACAAACAUUAUUGUUACUCAUACUUGGUUGUGCUGUACAAUGUGAACAUAAAGAAAUAUUUAUUGAAAAAAUUAAACAAUUAGACAUCUCGGUACAGCAUUCAAUAGUGGAAUGUAUACAACAGAUAACGGAUAAUCCAGAAUCGGUAUUUUUAUUGUCAGAAUGGAAUAUACCACCUGAUGAUGAAAAUGAAAAAGAACGUCUUUAUAUGAUAAUGGUUGGCCUUAUAAAUAGGCUAACCAAUGAACGUGAUCAAUUAUAUCAACGUGUUGUCGAUCUAUCCUGUGAAAUGCUUAGUUUAUCAAUACAAGCAAAUACCGAUCAAUCUUCAUCAAAUUCUAGUCUACUACAAUUACAAAAUACUUCUGUGAAUCAUUGUGAUCAAAAAUCUCAUUACCUAGUUGAAUUGGCCGAUUGUAAAUCCAAGCUACGGCGAUUACAACAGGAAUUGGAAGAAAAAAAUGAAAUCAUAACCGAAUUAAAAGAAGUGAUUGAACAGAAUAAAGAAUUUUAUAAUAAAUUAAGACAUGAUAACCUGGAAUUAACACAGGAAGCAAGAACCGCGAAAGCAUAUCGUGAUGAAAUCGAUGUACUUAAUGAACGUUGUCGAAAAAUCGAUCGGCUUGAAGCUGAAGUUCAACGUUAUCGUGAUAAAAUGAAUGAACUUGAUUAUUGUAAAACACGUGUAGAAGAACUACGUGAAGAUAAUCGAAUACUUGGUGAAACGAAAACAAUGCUCGAAGAUCAGCUAGAAGCAAGUCGUAAACGUGCGGAAAAAAUACCUGAAUUAGAGGAAAAAAUACUUAAAUUAACAACCCAUAGUAAUGAACUAAAUUUACAACGAGAAUUAGAUAAAAAUCAAAUCGAACGAUUAAUUGAAGAAAUUUCACAUUUAAGAUUGGAGAAAAAAUUCACAAAUGAAGAACUGAAUCGUGUACAACAAGAAUUGACCGAUUUACGUACACAGAUGCGUUUGAAUCAUGAAACAAUGAUGAAAAAUGAAGAAGGAAAUCUGUAUGAUCAAAUCAAUCAAGAUGCAUCGAAAAGAUUGUUGAAAUUGGAACAUGAAAAUAAAAAACUGCAAACAAUGGUCGAAGACUAUCAAAACAAUUAUAUCGAUGUUGAUUCAGUAUUAUCAUUGUUUAAAAAUAUCGAUGCCAUUGCCAUGAAUACUAAUGUGUCAUCAUCUGAAACCGACAACAAUACCGAAAGUGGAUAUGAUUCUAAUGUAAAAAGUAAAAUUGAAAAAUUAAGUCAAAUCAAAGAAUGGAUUGGCAGAAUCAAUCUAAAUUGUGUUCAAUUGAAAACGGUGGAAAUGGAAAAAACGGUCCUCGAGAAAGAUAAUGAUGAAAUGAAGAUGAAAUUACGUGAUCUAAGUGCCAAAUAUGAUACAAUGGAAAAGAAUUACACGCAGACAAGUGCUGAAAAUCAGAAAAAUCAACGUGUUAUUGAACAGAAAACGAAAAAAUUGGAAGAAUAUCGUUCAGAAUUGGAAUCGAUAGAGAAUGAAAAUCAAAAAUUAAUGGCCAAUGCUGAUUCAUUGCGAUUGUCGUUGAAAAAAUUGAACGAUCUAGAAAUUGAAAUGACCAAUUUGGAAACGGAAAAACAACGUUUUGAACAGGAGAAUAAAUCGCUGGAAAAAGAAAUUAAUAGACUAAAAACAUCGAUUGAUUUUAAAGAUAAAAUUAUUGAUGACAAUUCUGGACAGCUAUCCACUUAUGAAUUGGAAAAUAAACGAUUGAAAAAAGAAAUGGAAAUGAAUGGUCAAUUGGUGCAACGUUUAAAAGAAGCUGAAAAAGAAAAUAAAGAUUUAGCUAAUGUAUCGGCUGUCCAGCGGAAAACAUUGACCACAUUACAAUAUGAAUUGGUUGAAGAGAAAUUGAAAACUGAAAAAUUUUCCGAAGAAUUCGGUAAAAUUGUCGAAACAUUGAAUCGAUUGUAUGAAGAAAAUUGCGAUGAUAAUGAACCGCGUAUAAAUACAAAAGAUAUUGAUUCACUAUUACAUGGCCAGGUAUCGACCGUGAUCAAUGAUACAUUACAAUCAUUGAUUGAAAAAUAUUCUACCGAAAAAGAUUCUCAUAUUCAAGAGCUACAAGCACGUUUAUCGGAUCUCAAAGAUAGUAAUCAGGAGAUGCAAAAUUUAAUCAAUUCACUUAAAAGACAAUUGAAUAUUGAUGAAAAAUCCGAUAUAAAAUCAUCAUUAGAUUCAUUGAAUGAAUUGCAGCGAAGAAUAUUUGCAUUGGAAGAUGAAAAUCAUCAACUGAAAUCGGAAUUAACGACACAAAAAGAUCAUCAAUUGGAAAUGGUUUGCCGUAAUGAUGUGAUUGAAUCCAAAUUGAACACAGUCAAUGAAUCGAACGGUGAAUUGAAAAAUAAAAAUGCAACAUUAGAAGUAGAGAAUAGCCUGUUGAAAUCACAAAAUAGUUCACUUGAAAGUCAAACAAUUGAAUUACAAGAACAAAUGGUGGCCAUUCAGGAUUCAAUUGAAAAACUUAGGAUUAAAUGUGAAGAAUAUGAAACAGCACAUCGAUUAUUGAUCAAUGAUAAUGAAUCAUUGCAAGAGAUUCAUCAACAAUUGACAGUUGAUUAUGAAAAUUUAACGAAAAUUCAUGGUACAUUAAAACAAUCAUAUAAAAAAUUAAAAGUUGAAUAUAAAACAUUGGAAGAAGCGUUUAAUGCGCAAGUAACGAAAUACGAUGAAUUGGUCAAAGAUACAGAAAAAGAAUUGGAAACAUUACGUACGGAAAUUGAUAAAAAUUCCACACCAACAAAAGAACAUGUUGAUCAUGAAGAGAAAUUAUUAUCGUUGAACAAUGAAUAUAAAACAUUGAAUGAAGAACAUAAAAGAUUACAAACUGAACAUAAAAUGUUGCAGAAUAUUUAUAAGAAAUUACGUUCAGAUAAUAAUGAUCUAAAAUUGAAACAUACCGAAUUACAAGGUGAAACAGCUGAAUGCAAAGAUCGUAUGAAUGCAUUGAAUGUUGAGGUAUCGAAAUUAUCAAAUUAUUGUGAAAUGGUUGCCAUGACAAAUACGACACUAGAACAGCAACGGAAAAAAUUGGCCACACAAUCAGCUAGCCUGUUGGCACAAUAUAAUGAUCUAUUGAUGGAAUUAAGUUGUGGCUGUGAACGUACGAUCAAAGAUAAAUUACAUGAAUUGAUUAUGAAAAAAGAACGAUUGGAAAAAAUGUUCAAAGAUUAUGAUAUAUCAUUCGAAAAGAAUAUGUCACGUGUAUCGAAUAAUAAAUCUUCAAUGACCGCCGCUGAUUUACAACAAUCGUCAUCCAGUCGAAUUGAUGAUACAAUUUAUGGUCUAUUAUGGGAAGCUGAAACACCAUCCAUUCAAUCAUCAUCAUCGUCAUCAUCAUGUCAUUUGGAUGGAAAAUUUUUCAAUUCUUCAGCAUUACUACGACAAUAUUCAAUUAAUAAUAAUAAUGAAAAGGACCAGAAGAUCAUCAUAUCAUCACCACGUAUUCCGCCCAGAAAUUCUCAUACAUUACAAAGAUAUCCAACAAUCAAUGCAAAAGAAACAACAAUGACCACAACGACCAGUAGUAUAGAAUUUAUGCCUAAUGAAAAUAAAAUGUCAAUCAAUAUAUCAAGUAGAAAUAAUUGUAGCAAUCAACAACAAGGCAAUAAUUCAUCAUUAUUGGAUAAUCAUCAUUCCAUAAUGGAUGGCACAUUUUCUAAAUUACAGAUAACAUCAACAUCACCAUUUACGGUGGCAAAAUCAAUAUCGACAAUCAGUUCACCAGUAUCAUCAUCAGCGACAACAAUGAAUAAUAAUUUCAUGAGAGGUUCAUUCAAAAGUAAUAGUGUCAAUUAUGGAAAUUUGAUGCGAAAAUCUGAAUCACCAUAUCCAUUGAAUAUGAAAAUGUUACAAUCGUCGAAUAAUAAUAAACAUUCUGCACAACAGCAGCAGCAACAAAUUGUAUGUUUAUCAUCGAAUCGUGUUCGUGUCAACAAUAAUAAUCAACAACAACAACAACAACAACAACAUAAUCAUCAAAUACAAAGAAAUUUUAAUCCAUUGUCACCAUUAUCAUUUCAUUCAGAUAAAUCAUCAUCAUCAUCGUCAACAACAUCGACAUCAUCAAAUCAUCAUCAGAAUCAUAAUCAUGAUGUAAUAAUAGAAAAAGAUCAUCACGAUAAUAAUGUAUCGACACGUUCAAGAAUAACAAUUACAAGUGAUAGUAUUCAGACAAUAUCAAAUGGUUUCAGUAACAAUAACCUGAAUAAUAAUGAUAAUAAUAAUAUAAGUAUUCAGAUUCAUAAUAAUGCAAUGAAUAAUAAUAAUCAAAAU